AUGGCGGACACCAUGUUACUCUCGUCUGCUGUCCGCCUUCCCACGCCGCCUCCAGGUGGUUCCUAUUCCCCCGGCCCCUCGGUAGCAAGAAAGAGAUCACCUCCAUCUCGGUCACCCUCUCCUCGACGCCGCCGACCCGCGCCAGUCGAAGCUAACGAUGGGCGCAAUCCAAGGGGCGCGGAGCCGGAACGUGAGAUGGAUGAGCGCGAGAGACAGCUACUCGCCAAGUUCAAACCUAGGGAACCAGAUGAAGCAAGACGAAAACCUUUGACGGCCGAAGAAAAACAAGCGGCUGCCAAAGCCGAGUACGAGAAGCUCCUCACGAUGCGAUCGGGCGGCACCUAUAUACCUCCUGCAAAACUGCGUGCUUUACAGUCACAGAUCACCGACAAGUCAAGCAAAGAGUACCAGCGAAUGGCUUGGGAGGCUUUGAAAAAAUCCAUAAACGGCCUCAUUAAUAAGGUCAAUGUCUCCAACAUCAAGCACAUUGUCCCGGAGCUGUUUGGUGAAAAUCUUGUCCGUGGUCGAGGGCUGUUCUGUCGGAGCAUCAUGAAAGCGCAGGCCGCUUCCCUACCUUUCACCCCGAUAUAUGCGGCGAUGGCUGCCAUUGUGAAUACCAAACUCCCUCAAGUCGGAGAGUUACUCCUCAACCGACUGGUUGUUCAAUUUCGAAAAGCCUUCAAGCGCAAUGACAAAGCAGUUUGCUUGUCCUCGACCACUUUCGUCGCCCACCUGUGUAACCAGCAAGUGGCGCACGAGACUCUCGCUGCACAGCUACUUUUGUUGCUUUUGCACAAGCCGACUGAUGAUUCUGUGGAAAUCGCGGUUGGUUUGACCCGGGAAGUGGGCCAACAUCUGGAGGAGAUGAGCCCUCCUAUCGCAUUGGCUGUGUUUGAUCAGUUUCGAAGCAUAUUGCACGAAGCUGACAUCGACAAAAGAGUCCAAUACAUGAUAGAAGUACUGUUCCAAGUCAGAAAGGAUCGGUACAAGGACAACCCGGCAAUUCGCGAGGAACUCGAUCUCGUGGAGGAGGAAGACCAAAUUACGCACCAAGUCGACCUUGAUGAUGAUAUUGAUGUUCAAGACUCGUUGAAUAUUUUCAAGUACGAUCCAGAGUGGGAAGAACAUGAAGAGGCGUAUAGGAAACUGAAAGCCGAAAUCCUCGGGGAGGACAGCGGCGAUGAGGAAGACGACGACGAUAGCGGCUCUGAGGAGAGUUCGGAUGAUGAAGACGCCGAACAAGAACGUGCAAUGGAAAUCAAGGACCAAACAAAUACGGACCUGGUUAAUUUGCGAAGGACAAUCUACCUGACCAUCAUGUCCAGCCUUGACUUCGAAGAAGCGUGUCACAAGCUGAUGAAAGUCCAACUCCCGGCAGGCCAGGAGUCUGAGCUACCGUCCAUGAUCAUCGAGUGCUGUUCACAGGAGAAGACAUACUCGAAAUUCUUUGGCCUUGUCGGUGAGAGGUUUGCGAAGCUUAACCGGCUCUGGACGGACCUGUUUGAACAGUCGUUUGCGAAAUACUACGACACGAUUCAUCGAUACGAGACAAAUCGCCUACGGAACAUUGCUCGAUUCUUCGGACAUCUGUUGGCUACCGAUGCUAUUGGUUGGCACGUGUUUUCUGUUGUGCACCUAAAUGAAGAAGAGACUACUUCCAGCAGCCGCAUUUUCAUUAAGAUAUUGUUCCAGGACCUGGCUGAAGCCUUGGGCAUGCCUGAGCUUCAGAAGAGGAUGAAGGAUGAUAUUCUUCGGCCCUGCUUCUCAGGUCUUUUCCCGACUGAUACACCUCGUAAUACACGGUUCGCGAUCAAUUACUUCACCUCCAUCGGCAUGGGGGCCCUCACGGAGGAGAUGCGUGAGCAUCUCAAGAAUUUGCCAAAACCAGAGCCACCCGCCCUGCCUGCACCGAAGGAUGAUAUUUCGGACUCUGAAAGCGAGGUCUCGGUCAUUGACACCAGACGACCGGUCGACAAGGAAGACUCGACGUCGGCGUGUUUCCGAGUCACUUUCGAGGUCCCCACCUCCGGCUCGCGGUGCAAACAGGCGGGCAAGGAGCUAUUCUUCGUCGGUAUCGCGCUCUCGCUCUCGUUCACCCCCACGACGCGUGGAAACAGCAAGACGAUCGCUCUCCUAUUCGGCCUCUCCGAGUCAACCACCAAAAGGAGGACGAGACAACGGCCAUCCACGUGGACGAGCACGUACACGCUCAAAGUCGUACAGUAG